AUGGAUGAGAAACUGAAGGAUCUUGGUCUUCCAGAGUCACUCACCAACUGUAAGACUACCUGGCUUUCCAGUGAUUUCCAGCAAGUCACCAACCUCCUGAACAUAAUGGAUGAAGAUGAUCAGGAAAAAUUCAGCUCAAACAGUCGAGCAGACCAAGAACCUAAGAUGCGGAAGACGCUGGCUAGCAUGAUCAUCGUUCAGAAAGCCAAUGCCAAUCCGACCGCUGUGAUGGCCGCCCUCAUCCACAGCCUCCAGCUGGAGGAGAUUUCCCUCAGAAAGAAGGAAAGCAUAUACAUCAUACUCCAGGACAUCAUUCAGCAAGAAGGGGAGCUGGAUGAUGAGACUGUGCAGGCGCUGGUAGUUUUAGCUUCCAAAGAAAUGAGGACGACCCAAGCGAUUGAGGCCUACGAAUUGGCCGAGAGUGCCAGUGCCACGCUGGUGGCUCUCUCCCGCAACCACUUUAGCAUUGUCAUGUAUGAACUGCAGCAUCACCUCAAACCUCUCGUUCUGGCAGAUGAAUUCAUCCUCAGCACCUUAGCCAACCUAGCUAAUGCUAACGUGUUUGAGUUUAUGCCAUACAUGGGUAUCACUCUAGCCACUAUCCUCUCCACGUUAAGACUAGCUGAUGGGUCAAAAAUACGGCAGGUGUUAUGCAGUGCAAUGGAGGCCUUUUGUGAAGCAAUCCAAUUCUACCUGAAACACUGGGAGGACAGUAUAUACCCCGUCUUGACCGAUGAACACUUCAUGAAUAAAGUUCUGCCAAUGUACCGCCAUUUCAUCACAGAUUGGCUGCGAAGUGAAGAUGCAGAGGUGAAGCUGGCAGUGAUCAAGUCUCUCCGGCCCAUGCUCGGCUUGCUGCUGCCCAUCCCGGAGCUCCGGGAACAGGUGUAUGAUUACACCCCUCUGCUCCUGGCUGAAUACCAAGGGAGCAUUGAGGCCCUCUUCAUCACCCAGAUCCUGAGGCAAAUUCUGGAGGUCUCAGUGGCCACGAAAAUGCCUGUGCCCAGAAUACAGCUGCACACCAUAUUUACUGAAUUGCACAUCCAGGUGUGUUCCAAGGCUCCCACAUUUCAACAGUUUAGCAGUGAGAACUUGGCUGAGGUGGUCCAGUGUUUCAUUGUCCUAGCACGCUCCUACCCAAUGGAUCUGAUGAGAUUCUUCCGCCACCAAAUGCAAACGGGGAAGGAGGCCAUUCGUGUGGGAACGCUGACCCUCCUCCGGGCAGUCAUCCGGGCUGAUGUGCCCGAAAUGAGUAACAGGACCUUGCACCUUGCAGUAAAAGUAAUCAAAAAUGGUCUCUGCGACCCACGGGCCAAGGUGAAAGUUGCCAUCCUUCGGGUCAUUGGCCAAUUGGCCAUUUCCGGACACCAGGAGAGAGUCCGAGGAUGGGGCCUGAGAUAUGUUUCCCUGCAGCUUAUCUUAUCCACCUACAAGAUGAUGAAUCUCCAGGAGAGCUCUUCGCUGGCAGAUCUGGAGGAGAAGAUGGUUCAUAAGGUUACGAUGGAAACCGUGCGGCACAUCACUGCCUCAGUCAGCGGGGUGAUCAAUGAAUUUUGGCUGAAGUUGCUGGGUUAUAUCAUGGAGACUAAGUACACUGAGGCACUGACCCCCAUCUGCAUCAGUCUGACCAACCUGGCUGAGAGGCAGUCCAGGGAAAUAACCUUAGACACGGAUUGCGGCAGGAGAGGACAAGUGGAACUUCCGGCUCCCCAGAAACUGCUGGCCCGUCUCUUGGUGCUCCUGUCAGCUCCCUAUAAAGGAGAGGGACGAGGUGUGGCCAUGCUACACCUGCUAAAGGUUCUGUACCCAAGCAUCGCCCCCUCAAUGGCUGGCCUGUGGGAAGCGGAAAUUCCGGUUCUGACUCAGUACCUGGAAGUGCACAGUCAAUAUACUUGGAACCAGGACAUUUGGGAGGACAAACUGAUGAAGUUUUUGAAAGUGUCAUUGAAGAGAACCCAGGGGACCACGUGGAGCCUGCGACUCAGCCGGGAACUCAACCACCAGAUUGGCUACUACGAGACGCCAUCUGUGGAGAAGGCCUUCUUAUAUAGGGCGUUGGGCUACUCCCUUGCAGCAGGGCAUGAAGCCGAAAAAGUUGAGAUGCAGCUCAUGGACCUGCUGCACAAAACUGACUAUGGAAAUGACUUUGACCGAGAGGGAGUUAUUCUGUGCCUGGGCCUGUGUGCCAGGGGGCAAGUCAUCACCGUGCUGAACGUCCUCCAAGAGUUUGAAGAGAAGAUUCAAGAAGCAGAGGAUUCCUGGCACAUGAGCGCCUGGCGGAGUGAUCACCCUUGGAGGAGAGAGGUGCUUAAAAGUGCCCUCAUCGCCAUGUACAGCAGUGUGGUGGCCCACUGCCAUCCCAAGAUGCUGCUGUCCCGAGUGGAGAACAAGAUCACCAAAAAAAUUCUGCACCACUAUGCCACUAGUUGCCAGGAUGUUUCUCUCAAGCUGGCCUUCAUCCAGAGCAUCAUGCAAAUCAGCUUGGCCAUCCAGGGCUCAGGAAAGCUAAACACGUUUGAGUUUAUUUACAAGCCAGAGCUCACAUCAAACCUGAUGGUUAUUCUUAAGUCAGAACCUCUGGAUGCUCUCGUUUCUCCAGUGCGUGGUCUGGCAAUGACAGCUCUUCGACAUCUAAGUAAACUGAAGCCACUUCACUCUCCUGAGGAAAUCUAUGAGCUAAUGGACAGGAGUCUCCAGUGUGUAUUUCCUCUUCCUGCCGAGGAACAGUACAGUGAGCAGGUAAAGAUUUUGUAUGAUUCCUCCAUGAACGCGUUGAUGCAGCUAAUGGAGUGCCUUCUGGAAAGAGUGCUGGACCCCAAGGGGCUUCAGGAAACAUUUCAUCUUCUUGAGAAGUGGCUUCAUUCAGAGAAGGACUGGGAGAGAGAGAGGGCUGUUAUGCUUAGCCUUCAUCUUCUGCAAUUCUACAAGGAAGGCAUAGCUAUCCUGGUACCGCUGAAAUCUGGGCAGUUUGGCACUCUAAUUGGGCUCUUCGCUCCGCAUACCUGUGAUUCCCGGCCCCAGACCCGCCUGGCAGCCAUGGAUGUCAUCCACUGCCUUUUAGACCUCCAGGCUCAGCCCUGGUGCAUACAAGACACAGUUGCCGAAAAAGAGUUUUUGGACAUUAGAGAGGAACUCAUGUCCAAAGACACUAAGAUGAUUGAUGAUGCAUCCUCCAAAAUCGCAAAGGUGGUUAUUAAGGAAGCACAUUUGGAGGAGAUCGUGGUCCUGAUCCAGAGCACCUGUGAAAGUCUGGGGGCCACCAACACCACCCACGAUAAGGCGGCUGUCACCUGGCUCAACACCAUUCUCAGGCUGCGUGUCCAGGAGCUGGAAGACAAGGUGCCUGAGAUAUUGAGUGCCAUCCUGGCCCACCUGCCCUUCGUCCUGACAAGGGAUGUGCAGCACCUGAUAAUGGAAGCGGUCGUUCUUCUGGCCCACAGCUACCAGGAGACCGUCCUCACUUGCCUCUUGCGGCAGCCCCUGCCCCUGGACAGGCACGUUACUGAAUUGUGGGAGGCCCUGGCAGAAGAUGUCACCCUUGCCCAGAAGAUACUGCACGCUCUGGUGGCCAGAAUCCAGGAGAGAGCAAGGCCCAAGAACAGCCCGGCUUCCAGAAUGGACGUCUGGCGCCUGGCUGCUGUCGACCCGCUCACGGCCGUGUGUGCCUUGCACGUGAUUGCCGGGGCCCUGGACAGCAGGGACUGCCUGCAGGAAGUCUAUCCAGAGUUGAUCUACACCGUCCUCCAGGAGCUCAGCUGCACCCACCACUCAGACUGCUCUUCUCCCAGUCUGCAUACUCGGAGGUGCUUGCAGAGUACAGUCACCCCUUGCAGGCUCACCAUCGAGGCACUCAAAGGGUUGCUGAACAAAGCAGGAAACCAGGAAUUCAUGAGGGCUCUCAUGGAUCGAGGAGUUUGGUCUCUCCUGGAGGACCCCAGAACUUACGUGGAUGGUAUCUGCCUCCUGGCUGGAGUCAUGUUGCAGUCCAGUGCGAUGAACUGGUCGAGGUUCACCCAGUUACUGCUCUCCAGCCUGGACUCCGACUCCGUCAGCUGGCGCAUCAGUGGCACAGCCUUCUUUACAGAACUGAUGUGUGACUCUGUGCUACACAAAAAGAAGCUGCUGAAGCCGGUGAUUUUAAAGUUAUCCAAAGGGGCGGGUCAUGAGAACAGUACCCUACGCCUUCUAUCUGUGAGAGCCCUGGGCAACCUAGCCAUAGGAGCCCCCCAUAAGGUGAAGAAAUACCGGAAGCUCCUGCUGAAAGUACUCCUGGCUGCUCUGAUUGACCCAUUUAGCCCCAAAGUGGCUUACGAGGGUAUGAUGGCUCUGACGAAGAUCUUGGGGCUGCUCAAGGAGGAGCAUGUAGGGGUGUCAUUUGAAACCAUUUCCAAGCAGUGCAGAGCCUUCUUCGAUGAUGAGAACGACACACUGCGUCUGCAAGCCUUUAUUCUCUUCGGAAAACUGGCAGUUUUGGCGAGGAGAAAGAAGAGAGAUGUUUUUGCAGCCGAGAUGCAGAAGAGCUGGGUCCCACUUCUGCUGCACUUGCAGGACCCCAGCCCUGAAGUUGCUAAGGCGUGUGAAGCCAGCUUUUGUCUGUGCGUGCCUUUCUGGGGGUGGAGGAAACUCCAGGCCACAUUAGAGCAGCAUGUCACCCACGGCACUGACCUGAAGCUCUUCCAGAGAGAAAUGUGUGGUUACCUGGCCCGGAAAGAUCCUGCCCUCCUGAACAACUUUUGUACCGAAGCCGUCAAUUACUUCGAUAGCGAAUGGGUCAAAAUUAAAGUGGCCGCAUCCACCUUUACAGGGCUUGUUCUGGAGCAGCUGGCCAUUCCAAACCUGAGGCAAUUGGAUUUGGAACACCUGCAAUCCUGUCUUCAAGAACUACAGGCAGAUUCUGAUCCCUUGGUCCAGAGAGCUGCUUUGGAAACCUUAACCAUCCUUCAAGGAAGGCAGUGCUGAUGGGGGCAGAGCCGGGAAUGAGAAGUAGUUUGGAGCACAGUUUGACUUUCCUUCGAAAAGCCAGUUUUUUUUGGAAAGUGGAAUCAUAGUCCCUUCCUGACCUGCGAGUGCACUCAGUUUUCCAUUACAUGUAUUUUUGCUAUGUGUUUUGGGUAGAACUCUCUUGGGGAAUUAGGGAAUGUUUUCCAACAAUGUGUGUCUAUUUGAAUAGA